CUGUUACUCAGAAAACCACACGAGUCUGAACACAGGGAGAAAGAGUGAUGAGAGUACAAACAUGGCACCCUAAAGGCAACGAGCAGAAGCGGCAAUUUGUGUCUUGCCAGCACAAGUCACGUGACUAAAAUGUCUAACUCAGAGUCGGUUCCCCACGUGGAUCCAGGAGCAGCUCCAUAUGGCAACUUCCCAAACUACUACAGCUUCAAUCCACCAGAAAACCGUAUCAGCCUGUUACCUGCUGAGCUGCUUCACAAGCUUUUCCGGAAGCCGGCAGAAAGUGACAGCAGCACCCAGCCACUACUGGGACUUGACGUGGGGUGCAACACUGGGGACCUGAGUGUAGCUUUGUAUAAUCACCUGACAGAGCCGCACAGUAAGUCGUCUGAUGUUCCUGUGCACUUCCUGUGCUGUGACAUUGAUCCAGAUCUCAUAACCAGGGCUCGGGCCUCAAACCCAUUUCCUGAUUUCAUUUCAUAUGCCACGUUGGACAUCAUGGAUUCCUCUGCUGUACGGGGACCCGUAAAUGACUUUCUUCAACAGUUUGCCCGUUCCACCUUUGACAUUGCGUUCUGCAUGUCGGUGACCAUGUGGAUCCACCUCAAUUAUGGUGACCAGGGGCUAGUAACUUUCCUUGGCCACCUUGCAAACCUUUGUGACUACUUACUCGUCGAGCCACAACCCUGGAAAUGUUACCGUUCGGCUGCCCGCCGCCUGCGCAAGCUGGGAAGGCAAGAUUUUGACCAUUUCCACUCGUUAUCUAUCCGUGGGGAUAUGGCAGAGAAUAUAACUCAAAUCCUGACUGCAGAGGGCGCGGCUAAGCUAAUUCACAUCUUUGGAAAUACAAGCUGGGACCGUAGCCUCUUGCUGUUUAAAAUUCAGCGGCAUCCCUGUUAAAAUAAUCCUACUGUACUAUUUAGACACUCCUGCUUGUGUAGGCUUUAUAAACAUUGGACAUUUGGGACUUUACUUUUAAAUAUGCCAAUGAUAUUAUUUUUUUUAUAUGGCAAAUAAACCUUUAAAUAGGCAUCUGCAUAUCCGGGGGAAAUAAAAGGCAUUAAAAUAGCUAAUA